AUUGAAUUGAAAUCAGUUUCAUUUGUUCAAUGGUAGCAGCAACAUGGAUCGGAAGUUUAUUAAAACAAACAUAUUUAAACGUUUAUUUGUAUUGGCUUUAGUACUGCAGCAAUGUUGGGGUCAACAGAACUUUAAUGCCUACGAUGAUUAUGAUGACCCAGAAAAUUAUAACGACCAUCAUCCUUUAGAUACACAGUCACAUUAUGGAACAUCACAGCCUCGCAGUAACGAUGAUGUGUAUGAGAGGCAAAUGCAUCACCAAACAGGAGCAUAUGAUGCCCAAAAUUAUGGUGAAGAAUCAAAUCAUCGUACAUUCCAACCAAAUCGUGACGAGGAACAAAUUUCUUCUGAUUUCCAACAACCUAAGGUGUAUCAACCACGUCCAGAACAAAAUCCACCUCCACCGCAGGAUCCGAAUGUUAUAUUGGUGCCUCGUUUAGGUUUAGUUCGUGGUCAAAAUACUUUUAAAAUUAUAAAAAAUAGACCUGUAAGUGCCUACUUAGGUUUAAAAUACGGUACUGUUAAACCAGGUCUAGGUAGAUUUCAGAAAGCUGUAUCCCUCGAAUUAAAUGAAAAUUUAAUCGACGCUACUAAGGAACCAUCGAACUGUCCUCAGUUCCCCGAUUUGGAGGCUAUUAAAGUAAAGGAGAGUCGUUCUGAAAACGUAGAUGAUUGUUUAACACUGAACGUGUUCACUCCAGCGAAAUCGGGUUCAUAUCCUGUUUUGGUAUUUGUACAUGGUGAAAUGUUGUUUGAUGGCAGUGCCGCGGAAGGUCAACCAGACUACUUUUUGGAAAAUGACAUUGUUUUGGUAACCAUAAAUUAUCGCUUAGCACCUUUCGGUUAUUUGUCUACGUUAACAAAUGAUAUGCCAGGAAAUGUGGCCUUGUCUGACAUUCAAAUGGCUUUGGAGUGGAUACAACAAUAUAUUAGAAGUUUUAAUGGCAAUCCGGAACAAGUAACGCUAAUGGGCCAAUCGGGUGGUGCCACAUUGAUACAUGCACUGAGCUUAAGUGGCAAGGCCGAAGGUUUAUUCCAUAAAUUAAUUCUACAGUCCGGCACAGCUUUGAAUCCGUACUUUCUGGACGACCAACCCUUGGGAACUUUACGCAGCUUUGCUCAUUACGCUCGUUGUCCGCCUAGUCGAACCAUUGAAGGCUUAGUAUCCUGCUUCGAACGUAUGAGUACCUCGGAUCUUCUGAAUUAUUUUAAAAGAUAUUUUGAAAACAAUGAACUUAGAGGUUUACAAUUUGUGAAUGGUUUCAAACUGAUUGUAGGUGACAAACUUGGAUAUUUGCCUCAACAUCCUGCCUCCAUGGUUGCCAAUAACACCAAACCAUUGAUUGUAGGCGUGACAAAAGAUGCUGGGGCUUUUAUUAUGUCCAGAUUCUAUGAUCAGCUUGUUCAAUUACGCUCCAGAAACAUAUCGGAUUAUAUUAAUGUGGUUUUGAAACAUACAACUAAACCUAGACAUUACGCGUUAUGGAAACAAUGGGCUCUUCAACACAUUUUCACUGCUGAAGACCAUCGCAAUCCAUCUGUUAGCAGUUUAGUGCAAAAAUUGCUGGAGUUGAUUAACUUGAUUUUGUAUCGUGGUCCUAUCAUAGAUAGUAUACGUUAUACAUCCAAAAAACACUCGACUUACAUGUACUGCUUUGAUUAUCGUGGUGAAUAUCAUCGUUUUGGGCACUUGCAAAAUCCUUUGCCAUUUGAAAUUGAUGCUACUUUAAGUGACGACAAUAUCUUUCUGUUUCCAUAUCCUAUCGAGGUUAGUCAACUCAAUCCAGAGGACAAGACGAUGGCAAGGGCUAUGGUUACAAUGUGGGUAAAUUUUGCCACACAUGGCGUACCCAAUUUGAAUAACGGCAUAUGGCCAAACGUAUCAUCCGAAUAUGGACCUUUCUUACGUUUUACCAAUACACAUGAAAGUAAACUAGAAUUGGAUUACCAUUUUGGAGAGGGUAUACCAGUUCCUAAUUUGUAUCCCGAUUAUUUUAACACGACCAAAGCCAAUGACACAAUUACCAAAAUCACAAUUACAACAACGACUUCUACAACUACUCCUCGACCCUAUUCCAACUACCAACAUCAUGCUUAUCAAUCAUCAUAUCCCAGUUAUCGACAAUACCCCAACUACAAUACCCAAUACCGAUCAUCGUAUCCCAAUUAUAGAUCGCAGGAAAUUGCUUCAGACGAUCACCAUGAGCAACCCUCUGAACCAUUAUCCACUCAAUAUAAUUAUCUCAUGAACUCUCACAAUGGUAACUACCAUGACAUGCGUCAUUAAAAACAUUUUAAAUUAGAAUAUAAAGUUACAUACAACACUAUACUAUCCAAAUUAUUCGAUUUUUCUUUUGUUCGAUAUUGGUAGAAUAAUUUGAUUACACAUUUAAAAUUAAUCGAAUUAGUCGAAGAUUUAACAUUUUUGAAAUAAAAGAAAAUAAAAUAAAA